AUGACUAUAAAUCUCUUGUCCCGCGCGACAGCAAAUGCUUCCAUUCCAAAUGGACUGCACAGCUUUGCAAUCGCACAGAUCAUCCUCUUCUCCACUAUACACUUGGUCCAGCUUCCCAUGAGGUACAAGCAGGAAUGGAAAUACUGGCACCAUAACAAACGCCAACACCCCCUCACGCUGUGUCCUUUACUCCGGGUGGAGCAUGGUUGGCCUGCUAGCUAUGAUAACCCGGACGAGUCGAUGCUCACAGCGGAAAUAUCUUUGCAGAGCGUGGGCCUUUCACCUCUCAUGUUUGAAGUCAGUCUGGUUCUUCUGCGAUGUGGACAAGCUGGAGAAUUCGGUCCCGGACAAUCGAAACACCCCAAACCCUUGCGCUUCGCAUUGCAUGCAUUCCGCUUCCCAGUCUUUGUUGCUAUUGUCCUCGGAGUCGUGGGCAGGAUUAUUGAGAUAGAACCCCUUGGAGAGGCUGGAUCAGUCGUUCUGGUCGUGACUUUUGCGUUUGUGACUGGCCUUAUUGCUUGGCUCGCAGUGAAGUCCCACUCAACCCUUCCCGUGGAGGGUCAUCGUGGUGUCCUUUUGGUCUCCCUCGCUCUCCCAUUUUUAUGGGUACGAGUCAUCUACUUCCUGUUGCAGGAGUAUGGACCCGCAAGGUUCAGUCUUGCCUCGGGUGAUGUGGGUGUCUUGGUGGGGAUGGGAUUGAUCAUGGAAAUCAUCACUGUCUCUUUGCUCCUAACAGCCCGCGCAGUUGUAGAGCCAAUUUGGUCAACUGAUGGCAAGAGGCGUGUGGUAGCUGAUGACUUUGAACAGGCUUGA